AGUGCCCCGCAUGCUCCGAUAUGUCCGCCGCCAAAAACGCUCAUUUCACAGAAGAAAUAUUUUUCUUUUCGGAAGAAGAUCCCUACAAAGCGGCCCUAUUUUCUUUUUCACACAGAAAAAAGUCGAAGAAUCCGAAAACCGACGAUGUACGCCAGGACUAACACCGGCAGCACACACGGAGACUUUCAAGACAGAAACGGAGUGAAUUAUGUGACGUCGACAGAGUCUUUCGGCCACUGCUCUCAAUUGUUCUGGAAAAAAGACCCGAACGACUCCGGACCAAGUUCGACCAUCAGCUGGUGCGAGCAGCUUCCCUCGUCCUCGGCAGCCCUCUCCACUUCCAGCCUCUCCUCAGCGUCACUGUCCAGCUCCAGUCUCUCCUUGGAGUCCCGAGCGCCGGCACCAGCACCAGCGACGACGGCGUCAGACGACAUGGAAUCAGACGAGAGGCCGUACGUCUGCGACCUGUGCACCUGCGCCUACAAGCACGCCAGCUCCCUGCUCAACCACAAGCUCACCCACAAGACCGGAGACUUCAGGUGUGACUUUUGUAGCAAGCCCUACACCAACUACAUGUCCCUGCGCAACCACAUGCGAAUCCACGGUCAGAAGCGCUACAUGUGCGAUCUGUGCGGGAAGGCCUUCCGCUUAGCCCGGUACCUCCGCAACCACCAGAGGAUCCACGACGACGGGCCCAACCGCUUCGACUGUCCCUCCUGCUGCAAGAGCUACAGGACCAUGCUGGAGCUGGCCCAGCACCGCUGCACCGCCGCUGCAUCCAACCAGAAUCGGUUCAACUGCCCGUCCUGCUUUAAGAGCUACCGAACCAUGCUGGACCUGGCCCAGCACCGCUGCAGCGCCGCGGCCAAAAACCAGUCUGGCGGUCGUCGCAAUUUCUCCAACGCUCAUCGCCGUCAGCAGCAACAACAGCAACAACAACAGCAGCAGCAACAGCAGAACAGCGCUAACUCCAUGAUGCAACCGCAGCACGGAGGACACGGCCAGCAGGAACCUCUGCCCUCCCACUGCGUGUCCCCCAUGUCCCAGGGAGGCGGUGGAGUGAGCAGCCAGCCUGACCACCAGGGUCGUCCCAGCUCGGUGUCCUCCCAGAGCAGCCAGCAGAGCAUGAGGAGCUCAUCCUCCAACAAACACGUCUCCUCCUCCAGCGCCACCCCGUCCUCCUCCUACUCCCUGCUCCAGCCCCUGGUGCCUGAGGUAAAGGAGAUGAGCUCGGGAUACACUAGGCUGAGCGCCAACCCCAUGCCGAAGCACCAGGACACUUUCUCCCUGGCCCCCCAGCGGCCCCUCACCACCAUCAACCCCAUCGUCGGCCACUCCCUCCAUCCGAACGGAGCGCCCACGCUCAAGCCUUCCCCCGUGCCACGCACCAUCCAGGCCAUGCCCUGGGAGCAGCGCUCCCUCUACAAUCAAUGAGACCCGUCGGGAACCAGCCGCUCCCCUUUCACGUCGCGUCCACCACCGCCACAACCACCACCACCCCCCUCACACCCUCCUCCUCUCCACCUCUUUCGGACCCAGCAUCAAGGAGGGAGGAGUUGGGACGCCCCUCUACCCGCUCCCCCUCUGCCCUCCUUUUGGAACGUUGUGUUUGGGGGCCACAUUGAGAACUAGUUGAUUGAUUACUGAGUAGUUAGGUUUAAAAGAUGUGUUGCCUUGACCCUCAUGUAUGAUCUAUGCCAUGUACUGGAUAUAAGUUAAAAUGUCUGUCCUCUCACUAAGAAUUUAUCUCCCGCUCUACUAAAUAUCUAUCCUUCCCAUUAUGAAUAGUGUCUCUCCUCCCCGCCCCACCCGCCCCUCCUUCUUCCAUAUGUUAGAUGAAACAAAGGUUAUUUUUUAUCAGGAGCGUGUCCACACCCUGACGAGACGAAGAGAUUCCAGGGCGCCAUGUUGUCAAAAGUAAAUGUGACAAAAUCCUCCUUCAGUCUGAUUUAUGUUUUUGAACAUAAAACCCAACUUUUAGUUGUCAAACGAGGCUUUUGGAAAGAAGAAGGGGAAACCUGAACUGUCUUUUUCUUUUUCUCUUUGUUUUUUUUUUUUUUUGUUACUCCCUUCAACGUGCUCCAGAAUGAAGGUUGUGUAUAUUGUACGUUAGGAGGUGUCAUGUCUAUUUCCAGAAACAAAAAAACAAAAACAUUUUCCCUUCUCUCCGACGUCACAGCGCCCACACCUCAUCCACAGCAAAGGACCAUGACGGGAAACUCUCAGCUGACUGCGGGACAUGUUGGUGCCACUGUUGGCUUCUCUCUGUGUGUGUUUGUGAAGACUCGAGCCCUGCUGUUUAAAAAAGGACCUUAAAGUUCUCCAGCACCGACACACACACACAUACACACAAACACACACACUCUUACCUUCUUUUAACACACAACUGAAAGCUCACUUUUUUUCUAAACUCUCAUCUGACCGGUGGCUUGUUGUUAUUGUAGUUUUUUAAUAAUCUGUUGGCUGGGAAUCAAAUCUAGAAGUCUCCAUCCCUUUUUUAUUUUGUUCCAAACUGACUGUUAACAUUGUUUGUUCCUUUUCACUUUAAAGCACUUUAAGACGAGUGCUGUAUUAUUAUUAUUAUUAUAUUAUUAUUAUUAUUACUGUCUCUCCCAACCUCAGUCUAGAGCUGUGUCGGCUGUAAAGAUGUAACAUGCCUUACAUCAACCCCCUCAUCACGAUUCAUCAUCACCAGUGACUUAGCAGCAGGACUGGGCCCGCCUUUGAGCCCAUUAACCCAGCUGCAUCUGGAAGCUACAGUGGCCAAAAUACAGUAUGUGUGCAGCUCUGGAACCCCACCUACGUCCCCCACCUUGGCUCCGACACACCCUCCAGUGUUGCUUUUCUUGUAGAAACCGUCAUUCUUCCUGGGUGGAUUCACAGAACACCUACAGGCCGGGUGUUUUGAAUAAACCGCAGCAGCCACAGCCACAGUUUGGUCGGAUACCGUUAACUCCAAAAAAAAUAAAAAAUUCAGACAUUAAGUCAGUUUGACGAACAACAGUUCAAUCAUGGAUCCUGUAUGUAGUUCUGUUACGUUAUCUCGCUAACAUGGUGUUCAUUGAAAUACCCACAAUUCUACUGACAUUGUAUUAUCUCUUUUUAAAAGUUGUUUCUAUUUUUAUUCAUGACAUGUUUUCAUUGUU